GUCGGUGCGCUCGGUUCGGGGCGCAUUAGUGAUGAUACCCCAACACAAUCAGGUGAUCAGCGCGUUGUCACAGCACGACAGCGAGAUGGAUACGGUGAUGGUGCAGCAACAACAGCAGCUGCAGCAGCAGCAGCAACAGUACGCCAGCAACACCGCCUCACCGCCCGUCUUCGGCUCCCAGAUGGUGGAUAAGAACUCCAGCACACCCUACACCGAUGCAACGCAGACGAAAAAACACAGUCCCGGCCACAUCAAGCGACCGAUGAAUCCGUUCAUGGUUUGGAGCCAGAUUGAGCGGCGCAAGAUCUGCGAGGUAACGCCGGAUAUGCACAAUGCGGUCAUCUCCAAGAAUCUUGGCCAGCGCUGGAAGCAGCUGAGCCCGGCCGAACGGCAGCCGUUCGUCGAGGAAGCGGAACGUUUGCGUAAGCUGCACACGCAAGAGUACCCGAAUUACAAGUACCGUCCAAAGAAGAAACAAGUCAAGGGAGGAUCUGGCGGCGGUGGUGGAGGAGGAACUAGUGGUGGUUCAUCCAAGUCUUCUUCCUCCUCGACGGGGGCCGAUUCACCCGCCCUUUCUACAUCAUCGUCCUCCUCCUCUUCGACCGGUUCGCCCGAAUCGGUGUCGUCUCGGGACAGUUGCGGAUCGUCGAGCAGUUCCUCGUCCUCGUUGUCAUCGCCAUCGGCAGGCGGCAAGUCACCGGCAUCUUCCGGCAAGCGUAGCCGAACUGCUAGCGGGAAGGUUUCCAAAGCAGGUGCGGCAAACGGUGCCGGAUCGCUCAAGACGAAAAAGCAAGUUAUCAGUCACGAGCUCGCCCAACCAAUGAUGGCGGCAGUAGCGACGCCCGCCACAGUGACGGCACUUGCGGCCCAACCCGACAGUUACUCGCUGGCGGCAACCAAACUGCUACCAAACUCACCGGAGAGUGCCACACUAUACGACGAACGGUCGUUGAUCUCGCCCGAGCCCACGUUUGACCCAUUCUCGGAAGGUACGCAGAUUUUCGUCCCAUUUUCGGACCACAACGUGUUCGUGGUGGAGGAAAGCAAUCACUUCGAUCACGAAGCCAAAGGCUUCCUGUACGCGCACGGUACCACGCCCGAUCUCACCGGUGACAGUGUGGGGAGUCCACUGGGACAAGGUGCCGCCACCACCACCACCUCCACCACCAACAACAACAUCACCUCCUCCACCUCCGCCACUACAACCACCAACAACACCUCCAGCAACAGUAGUUCGGGUACGCUCAAUCACGUAGGCACCCACGUGACGUCCUGCAACAGUCCGCAUCCUCAGCAUCACAAUCAGGCGCAACAACAACACAACAACAACAACAACAGUCUUCAGAUCAACAACAAUCACCUCCAGCACCAGCAGCAAACGACGCCGUCCGUCAAGUCCGUCUACACCGACAGUGACGGUGACUGCGUAAAGACGGAGAAGUACUACGAGGACGAUGAGUGCCCGAGCGAUCGGUUCGGAAGCAUGCUGGACGACAGCUGUCUGGAUGGUGUUGCUGGUAUCAACCGAAUAGACGACUCUGGUUCCUCGGGUCCUCCCGGUUCUGGGGCGUGUUACAGUGAGAUUGUGGCCUUCAAUGGACACUUCACGCUGACCAACCCGACCCAGCAGCAGCACCAACCGCAACAGCAGCAACUCCAGGCUCAGCAGCAAUCACACCAGCAGUCCCUUCACCUCAACCAGCAACAGCAGCAGCAGCAGCAGCGGGGCACACUAGCGAGCUUUAACGAAAUUACCAACGGACAACAGUGCCACCAGCCGCUACAACUGCAACCGUUCCAGUUUUCCCUGGCAAACCAGCCCCUGGUCGCGAACAGCCUUCAUCAGCAUCAACAGCAGCAGCAGCAGCAACAGAACCAGAGCCAGCAACUGUUCCAGCUACCUCAGCGACAGUACAACUGCCAGCAGGUAGGUGUGGUGGACUCGCAGGUCGCGGUGGAGAAUAUGGGCAGCUUGCCGCUGUUGGCAGAAACUUCGCUGGUCCCCAACUGUCAGCCGUCCCCAUCGGUGGACGGGUUCGGUGCGGCGUCCCUGUCGCUCGGUGUGCUGGACGGUACCAUCAUCGACAGCAACAGCCAGACGGACGGGCUGUUCGAUAUGCUCGGGACCGCCAACAUGCACUACACGUUCGAGGGGCUCGAAACGGCAUCGUCCUCUAGCGGUUCGCACCUAGAGUUCAUCACCGAGGACAACAGUAUUUUCCUGUCCGAUUCGAACCUGAUCGGUUACAACGUGUAAGGCGACGCGGAACCGGUGAGCGAA